AUGUCUUUACCACAUUCGCCCUUGGAAAGCCUUCCGAAUGAGCUUCUGGAUCAGAUCAUCUCCGAAGUCUCGGCUUCCCCUCCUUCUCAGUCCAGGGUGCACAAGCCUCCUUGUAUGCGUAUUACUACAUCUAGAACUAGGGAUUUGAAGAAUCUUGCACGCACCUCCUCCCGACUCCUGGAGCUGGUGCGCCCCCACCUUUUCGCUCACGCAUGCUUCGAUAUCAAAGAUGUAGCGGACUUUGUCUCAUUUAUAACGAGGUUAGAUCUCGGUCGAUAUGUAAUAUCGAUUGUGGCCAAGGGGAUGGACUCUCCCGAUCAUCGAGAGGAUCCCUAUUGGUGGCGUCCAGUACUCGAUAGUCUCGAUCCGUUACGGAUCAUUGUGAUUGCACCUCCCCCAUUUCUGGCCGCCAUGCUUGACACACGGAUCAUGGACGGACAUAGCUGGGCAUUCGAGGUUCCUUUCCAGGUUCUACAAUUGGAACAGAACUCGCGGGUCUGCAGGCCUCCUCUACUAUCAGAGACAAAGCAUCCAGCCCGUCUGCUUGAGACUCGGGUAUGGUCUUCCUUUGCCUUCAAUGAGUCGUCCUCGCUCCGGGCGUACAAUCACUAUGAGUAUUUCAUGUUCCAGGUUCCUUCCCUAUUCAAUAAGUGGGGAACAGUGGCAUCCACCCAACUGUUCUCCGAGAGGCUGGACCUUUCCCGCUCAUUGAAAUCCUUCACGUCGUUCAACUAUACGGCAGUGUUUCCGUUCUAUAAUCAUGUCAAAUUAGUCUUGGAUGCCAUUGAAUUGAUGACCAACCUGCGUUCAUUGAGCAUCCAACUUGCCCCGUCUCCGGAUGAUAAGAUUACGGAGAUGGAACAGAGAGGCUCUAUGGACCCCAGUGACCCAUGGAUGGAGAUUGCUACUGGAUAUUCACUUAUUGCGCACACUGUCAGGAAAAUGGGGGCGUUAGAUAGUCUCGUGGAAUUCCGUACGCCGGAUUACGAGUUUGAUGCUCUGCGUUCAGAACUAUCUACUAUCCUAGGGGAUGUGUUGGACAGCAGCGGAUGGGUACAUGAUGGAAGAGGAACUUGGACAAAAGUACCUUCGAACGGCGAAGAUGAUCGGUUGGGUUCUCCUACGACGCCGGUAGGUAACGCUCUCUGA